GAGGAGGGGAGAGCUGCUGCCUCAAUGAUAUCCCCUUCUCUAACACACACAUUCAUGCAAACAUGGUCCCCACAGCACACACACACUCACAAACAUUCACACACAUAGACUCUGGAAGUCAGCUGUUCACCUCUGGAAGCUUCACUGGGAGGAGAUCAACAGCAGUGAAGCUCUGUCUUGGAUGCUGUGUGAGUCUGGUGGUGUGAAGUGUGUGUGCACGAGGUCUUGACAUUGUGUGUUUGGACUCUCAGGUGGCUGUCACUGUCAGUAGCGUGAAGGAGUGUCAACGCCGGGGCUGCUGGGAAUUUCAGCGUUUUUUUCCUCUUUUUCCUCUACUAGCUGUCUGGAGUACGAGUGGAUGUUUCUGAGGCUGCAAGCCGGAGCAGAGUGCUUAUUUCAGUAUUUACAGCCAAGGAGGAGGGGGUGAGGAACAGCUGUGAGGAGGGGGGCGUCUUGCACUGCAGCAUCAGACCAGCAGCUUUUGUUGUUCAACCUUUUUUUGCACAUAUUCCUUACCCAGUGGCAGCAGCAGCAGCAGCAGUGGCAGCAGCAUUUCCAUCAGAUCAGGCUGUUUUCAGCAAUGGAUUACUGCGCCUCCCGCCUGCUGAGGGGAAAAGAUGCUGAUCUAAGAGGAAGUGGAGGCUUUGCUGCUGGAGCUGCAGACACGGCGAGGAACUUUGGGAUUACACAAGGUACUCAGAUGAUGGCCAGGCUGAGCUAAACCCUGCCCCCCUCCUUCUCCCCUCCCCUUUCCCCUCCAGUCCAAACAUGAACUCUUCCUCUGAUGCGAACCAAAGUGGUUCUCCCCCAUUUUGCCUGCUCAGCACCAUCAGUUCAUCCUACAGCCUGAACACCUGCAUGCUGGAGGUGGUCGUCAUCCUCUUCCUUACUGUACUCAUCAUCACAGGGAACCUGGUGGUGAUCUUUGUCUUCCACUGCGCCCCACUGCUGCAUCACCACACCACCAGCCACUUCAUCCAGACCAUGGCGUAUGCUGACCUGCUGGUGGGCGUGAGCUGUUUGGUCCCCUCGCUGUCCCUUCUCCACUACCUUAACAGACUGAAUGAGGAGCUCACCUGUAAGGUGUUUGGCUACAGUGUGUCUGUGCUGAAGAGCGUCUCCAUGGCGUCACUGGCAUGCAUCAGUGUUGACCGUUACAUCGCCAUCACCCGCCCUCUCUCCUACGCCACGCUGGUGACGCCGUGCCGGCUCAGAAUUUGCAUCAUCCUGAUCUGGGUUUACUCUGCUCUCAUUUUCUUGCCAUCCUUCUUCGGGUGGGGGAAGCCUGGUUACCAUGGAGACAUUUUUCAGUGGUGUGCCGAUUCCUGGAAGACCAACCCGGGGUUCAGCACCUUCAUCGUGGGGUUGCUCUACGCUCCAGCUGCGCUCACCGUCUGCUUCACCUAUGCCAGCAUCUUCAGGAUCUGUCGGCAGCACACGAGGGAGAUCACCCAACGCCAUGCUCGCUUCAGCUCCCAGCUGGAGAGUGAGAAAGGUGAGCAAGGGGAGCGCUGUGAGGGACACCCAGACAAACGCUAUGCCAUGGUGCUGUUUCGCAUCACCAGUGUCUUCUACGUGCUGUGGAUGCCGUACAUCUUCUACUUCCUACUGGAAAGUGCCGGGCUUUACCAACACAAGGUGGCAUCCUUUCUCACGACAUGGCUGGCGAUUAGCAACAGCUUCUGUAACUGUGUCAUCUACAGCCUUUCUAACAGCGUCUUCCAGAGAGGGCUGAGCCGCCUCUUUAGUUCGCUGUUUGCUUCCUGCCUCGGCUGCACGGUCGCCAAAAAGGCCCCGACCCCUGUCAGCCCCCGUCCAGACCCUCGCUGCCAAGUCUGAGCCCUGACCAUGAUGGAUCUGGUCUGAUUUCUGUGGAGGUGUCGGGCUACAACAGCAUGACACAGGUCUUUUUGGUCCUGCAGUGAAACAUGCUGAGGACCCCCACCCGGUGCACAGAGAGGUGCCCAUGCAGAUGCUCGUGGUCACCUGAGAUGAUGAUUUGUGGAGAGAGGAGGCCUUGCAGAGCUCUACAAGGAUCUUAAGCUGGAGAAGUGGAACUAAGACCACUGAGACCACUGAGAUGCAGAUCAUAUUUAAGUCUCUAAAAUCUGCAAAAUGUUUGUUUUUUCAGGGUAGAACAAAGUGAUGCAAAAAAUGUGGAAACUGACUAUCAAUCUGUUUCCUAAGGGAACACCCCGAUGCUAAUGGGAGUUAGAAAACAGGAAAAUCAGCCUGUCUGUGUGAGUGAGAGUUCAAAAUGAACUCUGACCUGUUUCCCAGGGAGCUGAGGUUUAUUCAGGAGCUCCUGUAUGUUUUAUCUCUCUUCUGAAGUCUGCUAGGGUUUAAAGCUUCCUGUAUGUUUACACAGUCUGUGGUUUCACAUGAAAAUGUUAGUUUAAGAAUUAGCUUUACACUGAAAGAUGGCAACUGACCCGGGCAGAUUUGACCUGGUGGAUGAUGAAAAGUGUUAAUGUGGAGAGUUGAAUAUUCCAUUUGAGUUCCCUCCUCAGGUUUACCAGCCACUAUUCGUUCAGCCUUUAAUCUGGGCUCAAAGUUCACAACUUCUGAAACACAAGCCACGUUUAGCGUUGUAAGAUAAUCACCUCCUGACCCUGUGGAGUGCCUGCCGUCUGUGCUGUUAUGAGCACUGACUGACUUCAUUGUGGUCAGGAACGUUAGAGCUGGUGUCUCUUUUCAGCCUCUAGCAGCUGAUGGAUGGUCAGAUCAUUGCAAAGUGUUUUUUGAGCAUCACACGGCCGGCCUAAGAGAGAGCGAGGGUCAGAGCACUUAUGAAGAGCCUGUGCUUCUUCAUGUAAAUACACUUGAAGAUCUAAAUCGAUCACACGGUGGCGAAAAACAGACCUGUUUGAAGGUCCCCAAAUCCUGUGUGGAUUAUGUUUGUAGGAUAACUCAGCCAAGUGGUCAGACAUGCUGCACUAAAAACUAAACCUGACCGUUUUCCACCCUGUAAAGUAAAAAAGUGUUUUUCAUUGUGCUGCAGAAAACUGUGGAUCACUUCAGGUGGAGUUUGGUUUUAAAGUCACAAUAAAAUGACAGUUUGAGGGGCGUCUUGCUCUAGAUUUGCCACUUUUAUGACUGAAAAAGGAAAUAUGAGGGAGGAUUGUUCGGUCAAACUUUACUGAACCUUUUUACUUCAGAAUAUAGAUGCCGUAGAAACGAAAAACCAAUGUUUUAUGUGCUUUCUUAGGGUUAUUUUUUCUAAUGGUGUGGGCCUCUUAGUGAUGCAGUGAGAGGAAGCUUAUAUGCAACAACUCAUUUGCAGUCUAAAUAAUGAAGUACGACUGAAAUUCUUACCUGUCUGCAUGACAAUUUUGCAGAAAUAUUUAAAAACAACUGUCCUUAGGUUGCAGCACACUCAUAUUUUUCUCAUCAUUGCAACAAGACGAAACUUGAAUGCAACUUCUCAUUUGCUGUUUGAAUCACUUGAUUCAAUAUCAAAGGCUCACAACAUCUUAAUAUGAUAACAAGUCUUUGAUGCUCAGAUUAGGAAGUCAAACAGCUCCUAAUUCCAGAAAAAUCUAAUUUUAUAUUGCUGGUAAAUCAAAUUUCUUCCCUAGUAAACUGUUUAAACCUAAACUGUCUUUUUCCUGACCUAACAUCUGGAGAAAUCAUGAUGGCAUUUUACUAUUCUGCCCGGAAGAUAUUUCACUGACCAGACCUUGAACGCAUCAUAAUCUAGCCUUAUGCCACCUCAUUAGCUAACCAGCCUUUUAGAUUAGAUUAGAUCAGAAAAUGUACUGCUUGGAUACAAGUAUUGAUGAGCUUCAAUUCUGCUGGCCAGAUUUAAAGUUGCAGGAGCAUCUACAGUUUCUACAUCAUCUCUAGUCUCCCUCUCUUUAACCCCAGAGUACUAAAUCUGGGGCAGUGAGCAGGGUGGCAUGAGAUGAUGGUCUUUGUCGGGCCUAUGUCGCCUUGAUCUAGUCCACUGCAGCUAAAACAAGCUACACUGCUUUGCCUGAAGACCUAUCCUUUUGUACUUUGAUAGGUCCAGGAUGGUAUCACUUUUGGUCCUGUUGUAUUGCAACAGCAGGGAUACUGUUACACCCUUACCCUAUAGCACAGAAAUUCAACAUUUUUUGCAGCAAUUAAACACAGAAGAAUAAAAAAUGGAGUAAACCUGCAGCCUUAUAUUAUAAUUUCAGGUAAAAUACACAUUUACCUCUUGUUUUUUUUAAAGGUGUAUUUCUGCAAAGCUCAGAGAAAAGGGACAGAGGUCAACAUGUAUAGUCUUGCAGAAGGCUUGCUUAUGUUUACAGGACAGAGGACAGACCAUAAAACAAGGAGAGAGAGAAAAGGGGCUUCAGACCGAAGCAGGUUCAGCACCUCCAUAUACAUCAGAACAUACCAUCACUGUGAUCUGUCUGUGUUUGUACACUUCUGACUCAUUGUAAUCCUGUAUUGGUCUCUGGUCUUACACCUCACCCCUGGCCCAGGAUAACGAAAGUAUCUAGAUGACGUGAUUCUGCAAUAACUGAUCAUCAGACCUUUAAAGUUACAGUGACCCCGCUGAGGAGGGUUUGUUUGCUGUUUCCUUCAGGGCUGAUCAAAUAUGCACACAUUAUUAAGGCUCCUUUGAGGAGUUUUUAACCUGUAUUAAAUACACUGAAAUUCAUUUGAGUGCUUUUUCAUAAUAUCCAAAAACUAAAAACAUAACUGGGGACAAGAUUUGCACAUUUUAAUAGCUGGAGUAACGGUAUAGGUGUCAGCAGAGCUGAUGAAACAUCUGCUUGUUUUUGCAGUUUCCAUAUAAAAUACUGAGUGAGCAGACACUAUUUAAAGAAUGUAGAAGACAAGAUAAGCAAAGACUGCUUUGUUCACAGGAGGCAUAAAAUUGAUUUAACCAAAAUUUCCUCACAGGAGCUUUAACUACACAUGAAUCCAAACACAUGAGACCCCAACUCAAUUUUUCCCUCUCUCUAAUGGUAAUUGAAGAAAAUUUGCAUCAUCUCACCUCUUUUUCUUCAUCUUCUUUUUGUUCUGUUAGUUUUGUUUCAAUUGUUUCAUCCUUAGGUUCAGGUCUAAUUAUUAGCCCUCCAAAGCUUUCCUGUCCUCCUCAUGAAGGUGGCCCUGCUUUGUUUAAAAUCCAAAUAUGAAUUUCUGUGUUUUAAAGGGUCCUGUUGGACUUCAUUGUGACUUAAGAAGCUGUUUGUUUCAUGAAAUGGUGCAUUUAGGGGUAAAAUUCUGAGCUGUUUCAGAGUCAGUGGACCCACCCUCCUCCUCAGAGGGUAUUGAAGGUAUUAAAUUGAUCCCACCGCCCCUCUUUGUUUUAUUUAUUCAUAAUUUCUCCACCACUACACCACCAGUGUGUGUUUUUGUACAGUAUCCACGGUAAAAGUGUUUGACUCCUGCCUGAUUCAUUGUGAAAGUUGUUUCACUGUUGAACUUUAAACUGCAUGAUCCUGGACCAGUGUUCUUGUCUCAUGAUGCUUCUGAGACUGACUGUACUCUUUGUCUUUGUAUCCAAACUUCUGUUGUGUAACCUGGACGGCUUACUGUGUUUACCAUGAGGGCCCAGGGCUCCUGUUUGCAGGCAGAGAAAAAAACAAACAAGAAAAACAAGUCUGACCUGCAGGAAGCCUGUGAUCUUCUGCUGCUGCUGUCAGGGCGGAAUGAUGCAGGAAGUUUCAAACAGACAAAAGUAUUUCUAUUUAAAGCUGUACAGUGAGAGUCUGAUGAAUACAGUGUUAAAGGUUGAACUCCCCGCACAAGUCCUACCGUAAACGCUGUCAAUGUUUGAGUUUUUCUGUCAUUGUCUCCUGACAGCAGCUGGAUGCUGCUCAUCUGUGGGAGUCAGUGCAAUAAAACUUUCUCUUCAUACAAAACAGAUCAUCAACAGCAGAAGAAAACCUGAGUGAAAGGGCUUUAACUAUCUUUACUCUGAUAGAGCAUGUGAUCUGGACAGAUGCUGUUAUGAGUGUGCUGCAGAUUCUUGUAAAUAUGGAGGUUUAACUGUG